AAUAUUAAGAGGAAAAAAGUCAUAUGCUAACAUGACAAAAAAAAAUGUGCUAUUUUUCAAGAAUACACUCGAGUUUAUUUUUAUCCUACUAAAAAUAUGUUCAUUUUAUAAAGUUGUAAUAUUAUGAGAAACAAACAAAACAAAAAGUUGUCAUUUUUGGAAAAUCCAGUCAAAAUAUUAUGAGAAUAAAGUCAUCAUAUUACUAUAAGAAUGUUGAGAUAUUUGGAAAAUUAAAAAAAAAUAGUAAUAAUAAAAAAAAAAAACAACAGCAAAAAUGGGGGGAAAAAGAGCAAAGACCAAAGUACGGAACAGGUUUGAACACCUCUGCCUUAGACGGAUGAUGGACAAAUAGCGGAUGAAGCAGAAAGGACUGCAUAUACUGUAAUGUUUCUAGACCUAGAGAAGACGUACCCUAGAGUGCCACGUCAAGAAGUCUGGAGAUGUCACCAAGAGAAGGGAGUAUGUACAAAGGAGUAAGAACAGGUCAGAGGUAGUAUGGGGAUACCAGGAGGAGUUGGCUUACAUCAGGGAUCUUCCUUAAGCCCAUAACUUUUUGAUGUGAUUAUGGAUGUGAUGUCCCGGGGGCGGGGGUAGGAGAUCAGUGCCCCUGGUGUUGUGCUGUUUUCUGAUGACAUUGUGUUAUGCAGCAGCAGCAGAGUGGUAGAAGAGCGCUUAGGAUCAGCAGAAAGAAGACGUAAUACCUGAGGUUCAACAAAGAUCUUCUGAGAUUAGUCUGCAAGGGACAAGGUUGAAGAGAGUGGAUAAGUUUAGGAUCUGACCUAGGAUCGACGGUGCUCGAGGAUGGGAAUUUGGCUGCAGACAUAACAAUUAGAGUGCAGUCAGGGUGGAAUAGCUUGAAGAAGAUGUGUGGGGUUUUAUGUGGAGACUAUAUGAGAAGAUAUGAAGAUUAUAUAAGACGUGGUAAGACCAGCAGUGAUGUAUAAAGGAGGCACGGUCAAUGAAGGAGGUGCAGGAGAAGAAACUGCAUGUGGCAGAGAUAAGAAUGCUUAUAUGGAUGUGUGGAAUAACCAAAAUGGCUAAGAUCAGAAAUGAUGGGGUAAGAGGAACAGCAAAUGUCGAAUGAGAAUGCAGGGGUAUGGCCUUGUGAUGAGAAGAGACAAGUCACAUGCGGGGUGAAGAAGGAUGGACUUGGAGGCUACAGGGAAGAAGAGGGAGAUCGAAGGGGAGCUGGAUGGACUUCGUUAGGGAGGAUUUGAGAGAAAAACAGCUAUCAAAUGACCGGUCGACGUGGAGCUAAGACAACUGUCAGAAUCAUCGAUCAUCGAUCACAUAGUAGGAAAUGGACGUACGGAGAAAGUUAGCUUUCGGACAUUAACGUUUCUUAUCUGCUACGACUUUUCAUAUGAUCCUAUUCGUUUCGACAAUAUGGGAUAUAUUUGAAGACAGAAGGCAUACAUUUUACCCAAACACCGUCUUGCUAGCUUGAAGUUAGCCAGUAAUAACACUCAAACGAUGCUACUAGCUUAAACGCGCCAACGACAGCAUGACGUCUAAAAGUCAAAAUAGCAUCAGAUCAGAAGACUUUUCAGACGUUGUAAAGCGCCACUUACCUCAGAAUUAAUUGCGACCUUCACAGGCGGCGUCUGCCUUGUAUCAGCAUUCACUAUGUCAAUACGUCACCUGUCAAACAACUUCAGAUGCAACCUCUCGCCAGAGGACAUACCGGGAAGUGUAGGUGUAAAACUACUUUUCCCAGCAUUCAUUUACGGUAUUCCGUUUUUUGUAUGUAUUGUGUGUGUAUAGUUACUACGGAGCCCCGCAGGGGACAUGGGCAUGCACCGCGUGAAAUACAGCGUUGUCAACAUUUGAAGUGCAUAGUUUACCCGAAGCAUCUAAAACUACGGACAUCGUGGCUUCCAGGCAUGAACACUUGAACGACUCAUUUUGUUAUGUCGCCCAUCCAUAAAAUUCCAUAACAAAAUUAACUUUAGUUUUUCUGUGACAGGACGUCAACUCGUUGCCUGGUAAGUUGUUUAAUAUUCACGCAACUUAUUAAACAAUGCUAAUCGGAUGGCUAUCUACCAGAAAAUACAGUACUUAAUUAAAAGUAAAACGUACAUAAACGCGCCGGCCUCCCUUCUUCUUCGUCUACAGGAUUUUUGACCGAAAGGGGUAGCUUCAGAUGUUUGCUGCCCUCUAUCAGUAACUGGAAAUUACGGAGCCCCGGAGGGGACAUGGAGGAAAAAAAAAUAUGAUGGGUAAAAAAAAAAAAAAAGACCGAACUUUUGCGUUCCCUCGCAAAACUUUUGCGAGAUAACGCAAAACUUUUGCGUUCCCUCGCAAAACUUUUGCGAGAUAACGCAAUGCUGUUUUGCGUUCCCUCGCAAAACCUUUGCGAGAUAACGCAAAACUUUUGCGAGGGAACGCAACUGUUUAAGAGCAUAUUGCACUUCGGCGUACUCCGGUAAGGAGCCUCGUAACAAGACAGCCAUGGAGGAGGACUUGGAGCAUUUCCUGCAUUCUAGAGAGGUCCCUAAUGAGGACAUUAUGCGGAUGAAGAGAGACAAGGUUGACAAGGCAGUAUUGCGCAUAAUGGCGGAUGAGCAAAUGGCCAAUUACAUCAGGUCUUAUGGCGACCGGAUAGCUGUCCUGUCAUUCUGUCAACAAACAGACACUGAACAAUGCAGCACCGAUAAGGAGACUCUUUUACAGAGAAUAAGAGAUAGAAUUGGGACUAGAAAAAUGAAAUCAAAAACCAAAGGAGCACUCUCUAGUGCAUCUGGUGUGUUCCAAAGGUCAGGUGACUCAAUGGCAAGACAGAGCAAUACUGCAGCAGAAAAGACCUCCAGGAAGAUUGAAAUUGGGUGGCUUCAUUAUGGCAAGCAUGAAUACCAGCAAGUCAGGACCAGGAAUGGUGGAGGAACAAGACAUGUCACUGUGGAAAAGACAGCAACUGUUGCUGAUAUUUUAGAAAAGGGAAAGGACCUAUUUUUCCCAGAUGGGUGCUCACCAAAGGGUCCAGCAUGUGACUUUACGUUUGACAUUUGUGAUUUUAAAGGAAAGAUGAUUCAGUUAGAUGACACUGUUGGCAGACUGUAUGAAAAAACAAAACUGAAGCUGCUUAGAUUUUACAUUCGCACAAAAGCAGGCGGCCCUUCAACAGGUCACUCCUUAUCAGAACUGAAUGAAUGUAGUGAAGAUUCAUUGUCUGAGGAUUUAUCUUUUAGCAUCACUGAAGGAGCAAAUUCUAAGCUGAAUGAAGGCGGAUCCCACAUUGACAGAGAAGGUUCAGUCACAGAGCUGCUGGAUCAUAGACAUCCAUCUGACAGUUACAAAAUAAAUCAGAUGCACCACAGAACAGCACAAGGUCCACGUCAAUCAGAGCCCUCUCAGUCGACCCCAACAGACCAAAGGCAGGGCACAAACAGAAGCUUUCCAGAUCCCUGGUCUGAAACCAUUGAUUUGACCAGCACAAGUCUCAGUCACUCCCUCCAAACAGAGCAUGAGCACAUCUAUCGUGUAGCUUCUGAAGACACAGAACUAGACGAGGCAGAUACAGUUCUAUGGGAUCCAGAAGAUAACCUUGGUAACGAGGAGAACGUUGUGAUAACAUAUCAUCUUGUCGACAGUGAGGAUGUCACACAGAGUCCAGAAGUGAAUGCAGUACUUAAUCAGGAGUUAUGUUUGCCUUCUGCUGAUGGCCUGACCACACUAGAUGAGCAGUCCAUCCAUGAGGAAGUAGUGGUAACUACACGGCAGGACAGAGAAAUUACGUUUGAUUUGCACUCAAAUUCAAGCGGCCAUCUUUCCCCAUCAUCCUCAUCCAGCAACCUAGGAAAUCCACAGACUUCACAACGUGCUUCAAUUUGCAGGAUUAAGGUUGUUGAAGAUCUUUUGGCUGUAUUCAUGGACAGCAGCAUCCUGAAUUUGACUUUAAAAAUGGACUUUGUAAAUGAAAAAGCUGUUGAUGAUGCUGGAGUGUCAAGGGAAGUUUACACUGCAUUCUGGGAGCAAUUUCUUGAACAGUGUGAAGGGGAAAUGGAGCGAGUUCCACGGCUGAGACCAGAUUUUGGCGAGGCCGAAUGGCAAGCAGUUGGGCGUAUCUGGGUGAAGGGCUUGACAGACCAUGGUGUCAUGCCAGUGAGGCUAUCAGUGGCUUUCAUUUUUGCCUGCAUUCAUGGAAUUGACAGUGUUGAUGCAGACGUCUUAAUGGCAUCAUUUUUCAAUUACUUAUCUCCUAUUGAGAGGUCAGUUGUUGAGAAGGCUCUCCAGGGCACAAGGGAGGAAGGUGAUGAUGAGGACCUGCUCGACCUUUUUACAAGGAUGGGCUCUCAUUUCCUACCUUCAACGGAAGGCAUGAAGGCUGCCAUAGAAACAAUGGCUCACAAAGCCAUUCUGCAAGAGCCAAAAUACAUAAUUGAUUGUUUCUCCAUACCCAUGUCACAUGUAUUUCCCAAACUUUUCGACAAGCAAAGUGUAUUGUCUCUGUAUGACUCCAAGAAGGCCACAGGCAAAAGAGUCUCACAACUCCUGGAAACAACAAAUGUGAUGCUCUCUCAGAGAGAGCAGGCAACCUUUAACCAUCUCCAGCGUUAUGUAAAAAAUGCUGAGCAAACCAAAGCAGAGAAGUUCCUUCGCUUCUGUACUGGGUCCUCUGUCAUAUGCGUUGACAAAAUUAUGAUUCACUUUAAUGCUGAAACUGGACUCAACAGAAGGCCUGUUGCUCAUACAUGUGGAGCAACACUUGAAGUACCAACUACAUACAGUUCUUUCCCUGAAUUCCGCACAGAGUUUGACAACAUCCUCGCCAGUAACUACUUAGACAUGGACAUCAUGUGAAUUUAAGCAGUCUUGAUCAGGCAUAAGCGUAAGAGGCCUCCUUAUUAUAUGGUUGAUUAUAUUUUAUUUAUGUAGGCAUUUUUUAAAAAAUCUUUUUCAGUUGUUUUGUUUGAAACACCAUUUAAAUGUGUGGGGAGCCGUCUAUAAUUCUAUUAUAUGUUGGUGCCAUACUAUACAAGUUUUCACAUUUUUCAUUAUUUAAAUACUUGGAAGAUGACUGUAGCUUUCGUUUCCUUCAUUUUCGGGGUAUAGAAUCAUUUAUCACUGGUAGAAUUGUUUAUUAAUAUUUGCUGUUAAGGUGGUUGGGUAUUCAGAUAAAUGACAAUUUUGAAGAUGUUGAGAUACCAGUUAAUAUUUGGCAUGUGCAAUGUGCAAGCUGAUUUUGUCAGUGAAAUGUAGCCUAAAAACACUAAUUUCUUACUAUGACACCAAGUAUUUGCAAUAGGCACAGCCCCACUACUUCCUGACCAUAUUGGUCACAACAAUAAGUAGCAGGCACACCUGGAUUAAUUAAAUUAUCCAGUAAUGAAUGACAGGAAAUAAAGGAGCUGUUUUAGGAUCAGGAAGUAGUGGGGCUGUGUAUAAAGCCCAUUGGCCCUCAGAAUGAUUAUGUAAUAUUUCCAUUAUAUUACUUAACUGUCACUGUGACAGCGUCACUGUUUUAUUACCUUGUCACAUCACAGUUACUUUUAUAGAAUGUGUGUGCAUUUACCAUGAAGCGACAGUGAUGUUCCCAAUUGAUCUUUAUGAACAAACCAUAUAGAUUAGGAAUAAUUUACAUUUAUUCAGCGUUGCAGGCCAGGAUUUCAUACAGAAUAAAGAAUGCAGUACCACAACAGUUACCAAAAUAGUUAUACAAGAAUGUAAGGCAUUUGUGUUGUUUCUAGUCA